AUAUUAGUUUAUUUCGAUCAUGUUUAGAAAUCCAUGGACCAAAAAUUUUUGUUGAUUUGAUUGUAGAGGAUAUACUUACUACUAGUCAAAAAGCCGAACUUGGUGCCUCAUUAAUUACGAUCCCUUUGUGCUACACAUGGAGUGCACAUCUUCAUCCCAACAAUCUCAUUUACAUCUUUUUUUCGGAUGUGCUUGUUCGUGUGCUUGACAAAAAGGUUACCUUGUAUGUACAAGGACAAGCUUUAGGAAUAAUGGCUUUAUUCGUAUUAAUCACUUGGAACAUUCAGUCUAAUGCGUCUACUAAGAUUGGUGGUAAGGGUAUUUAUGAAGCCUUUAUUGAAUAUAUAUUACCAAAAUUUCAAAAUCAAAAAAGUGACAAUGAAAAUG